AAUUGCUAGAACGUUCUUUUCACCUAAGACUGUGAUUACUGAUUAGUUAGUCAGAAUAAUAAAAUCUCCUUGACCAUUAAUGUCAUAUGCCCAACCAAGUUCACUAGUGGUUUCAUCGGUCAAGGGUCGAAGUUAGGAGCUAGCUAAGUAAGUCUAGUCAUUUACCACAUUUACAUGUACGUCACUGCCAUGGUGAACUCCCUUGUAACGUUCCUCCCGAAACUCGGCUCGGAAAGAUUUUAGAACAAACUCUUCUUUCCUUAUCUUCGCGGCGACGCUGAGUGCAUUCUGCAGAUAGAGCAAUAGAAAUGGCAGGAGUUGUAAACAUUGGACCUGUGGAUUUUGUGCACAUUUUAGACGUGGAAACCAACAUAACUCGUCUUGAAGUGGGUCCCCAGAGACUUAUGCUUCUGAAUAAUGAGAAGUUAGUGGCUGGACCUAUUCCAUGUGUUAUUGUUCCACCAGGUCAUUACUGUAGAGUCAAAGAUCCCAUGAGUCAUUAUGAGGAGGGGGUGCAGUGUGAGUUGAAACAUGGACAGGUCGAAAUUCGUUUUUAUCAGGAACCAUUUCCACUGUAUCCUGGAGAAAAAUUAGAAAGUGCUGAAAAUUUGCAAGACUUUUCAUCACGAGGCUAUCGCAAGGCCAUGCAUCCUUUGCCUGUUGUGAAAGUCAAUCAAGCCAUCCAGCUAAAAGCUGUCCUUGAUCAUGAGGUUGAUGGGGUACAGAGACAAGCAGGUGAUCUGUGGCAACUGGAAGGACCUUUGACCUAUAAACCCACCGCUGAAGCUGAGAUUGUUGGUUGGGUUAAUGCAGCAGUCAUUGGUCAAGGUCAAGCACUUCAUCUCAGAGCAACCCAAGGAUUUACUGAUAAAGGAAUCACUCGUGUGAGUGGUGAGGAAUGGUUGGUCAGGAAAGCAGGAGCUUAUCUCCCUGGAGUUUAUGAAGAGGUGGUUGAGCUGGUAUCUGCUUACAUCCUCAAGCAAGAUGUUGCUCUACAUCUUAUUGCUGAGCACAAUUGUCAAGAUGCCUUAGGGAGGCAGCGCCAGGCUGGAGAGGAGUGGAUGGUGACAGCUGAUGAUACUGAAAUGUACAUCCCUGAAAUAGGCGAGCAAGCAGUGAAAUCUGUUAAAAAGACAGUCCUCGAGAAGGGUCAGUAUUGCAUCGUUUGUAAUCCGGUGGAUGAAGAUGGGCAUUCUCAGCUUGGAUGUGAAGAACUCCGUAAAGGUCAUACUAGUUUCUUCCUUCAUCCAGGGGAAAGCAUCAAGAGUGGAAUUCAAGAGCAGUUUGUGCUGUCUGAAGAUCAGGCUAUUGUACUGCAAGCUAUCAGUGAGUUUGAGGAUAAUUCAAUCCCAGGUGAACCUCAGAUGCGUAUCUCAGGUGAUCGUUGGAUGAUCCACGGGCCAAUCAGUUACAUUCCACCUGUUCAAGUACAGGUGAUUGAUCAGGGAGAUGGUGCUUUAGUCAGACGUGCUAUUCCCCUUAAUGAUAUGGAAGGAAUAUACGUCCGCAACUUGAAAACAGGAGAGGUCCGUGCUGUGAUGGGUCCUGAUUCCUAUCUGCUGACUGAGCACGAACAGUUGUGGGAAAAGGAACUACCGUCUUUGGUUCUGACUAUUCUCCAGAAUGGUGGAGGUUGUGGAUCAGGUGAUAUCAGGAAGCUUGCUUACUUUGAGUCAUCUAUUGAUGCAGACUAUGCACCUGGCAAGAUAAGAGAUAAAACCAGAGUGGUGAGAUUCCGUUGCCCUGGAAACACAGCUGUUCAGGUUUACAAGUACCAAGAAAAGACAGCUCGUGUUGUAUUUGGUCCCGAUAUGGUCAUCCUUGGACCUCAAGAAGAUUUUAAUGUCCUGAGCUUGAGUGCUGGUAAACCCAAGGUAGAGAAUGCCCUACAGACAAUUUGCCUUAUGCUUGGACCAGAUUACAUUACAGACAUCUUGGAGGUUGAGACAUCAGAUCAUGCAAGACUUAAGGUCCGGAUUGCUUUCAACAACUAUUUUGAGUUUGAACGUGGCAACAAACUAUCAGAAGAAGCCAUUUUCUCUGUUCCUGACUUCAUUGGUUUUGCUUGUCGACAAGUGGGAAGUCGCAUUCGUGGAGCAGUGUCCAGAGUUCGCUUUGAUGAGUUUCAUCGUCAUUCUAGCAAAAUACUCCAAGGAGCUGUCUUUGGCUUUGAUGCUGACGGGAACGUGAAAAACAGACUAAAAUUCAAAGCUAAUCACUUGGUGAUCAGUAAUGUAGACAUUCAAGGCAUAGAACCAGUAGAUCUAACCAUGAGGGACAGUUUGAUCAAAUCUGUACAGAUGGCAAUCGAGAUCUCAACUAAGUCAAUUGAGAGAGCUGCAGCUCAUGAUGCUGCAAGGAAAGAGCAGGAAUCUCAAGGAUUACUGGAAAGACAGAAACUCCUGAAUGAGAAAGAAGCUGAGCAAGAAAGGGCUAAAUUAUUUGAAUUACAGGCAGAGGCUGCAGCUAUUGAAUCAACAGGACAAGCCAAAGCUGAAGCGCAGGCCCGUGCCGAGUCCCUCCUUAUUGAGUGCCACAGUGCCAUUGAUUCAGCUCGUCUUAAAGCACAAGCUGAGGAAGUCAUCCAUGAUGCUGAACUUCAAACUCAGAACCUACUGCGUAUGUCAGAACUUUCCUACAAACGAAGACUGAAUGAAGCUGAGAUAAAAAAAGCCAUUCAGCUGUGUAAUAUUGAGGUGUCUCGUUUUGAUGCUAUGGUAAAGGCUCUUGGUGGAAACACCAUCAUAGCUAUUGCAAGUGCUGGACCCAAACUUCAGGCGGAGCUUAUGGAGGGUCUUGGAAUUGAGUCAACACUCAUGAAUGGUAAUAAUCCUAUCAACCUCUUCAAAACUACCAAGGAAAUGAUUGCAGGGAACUAGUGAAAUCUAUCAAAACCUGCCCCUUUAGCAUAUUGCUGACUUCAAAGUGAUAUUUUGAGGUAUGAAAAUCACAAAUCAAGAAGAUGAACUGUUUACUGCAUGUGCAGCUGACAACAUGUACUUGUUUUGCCUUUGAAAGUUUGAAAAGCUGAUUUUUCUUUUUCACAUUUAUCACCAGCAUUGUAAACAAUGCUGAAUUUCAAAUGUUUCUUGACAUGUAGCCAACAUUAGUAAAGCAGGAAUAAAAGCCAAAAGUCUUUGUACAUGUACUUGUCACAACAAUGCAUUUAUAUUAGUUAUUACCAUUUCUCAGUGCAGUUAAGAUGUCGCUCUGCCAUAUCAGAUAUUCGUGUAUAUUGAAUGCUGCUGUGUUACUGAGAUAUAUCCUUAGAUCCCACUCACCAAGGAAAGGCCCACGUACAUGUACUUAGUGAAUGAUUUGUACACCGAGUAAUGGAUGGAUGUGGAAAGCCUAGGUAACUUCUGAUUUACUGAAGUCAGGUGUAAGAUUUUUUAGGAAUACAUGUAGGAUAUCAUUAAGAAAGCAGUUGAGAUGAUGCAGUGAUGAUGAAUUAUUCAUUAGGCAGAAUUUAUAUGCAAUUUAGCAUAUAAUUUGUACAUAUAUACCUUGAUGUUUGUCUCAAGAUAUUUUUCUACUGUCAGAAAAUAUUUAGCAUCUCGUGGCAAUUUCAAGAAGAUAACAAAAGUGAAUAUAUCAAUACAUAUAUGUGCUUUAUGAAAUGCUAUAAAAAUACAAAUUUCCAUCACACCAUGACGGGAAGUCUUGACAGCUGUCAUAGUUUAAGUAAAUAGAAAUGUUUUACACAUACAAGUGUGUUUUAUUUGUUGAAAUAGUUCAACUUUUGCAAAUUUGCAGCCCGAAUGUUUGAUCUGACAUCACAAAUUUGUGUUUGUGUUCGCUUUUGCGAAAGUAUGAAGUAUAAACCAGCCUUUACAAGUUGUCAAAACUGUUCAGACUGUAAACUGCACAUUUUUAUUUUACAGUUGGUAGCAUAGUAGCACACUUGAUUAAUGUGCAGAGAAUGAGGAGAAUAAGGUACACAGUCUGGACAAAAUCUUACGUCAGUCUUAAAGACUGGUUCUGAUAAUUGUCUAUCUCUCCGUUGCAUGGGCUCUGUGCUGUACAAUGCCUCUUUAUUUAGCAAAAGGAAAUCACAAUUUCAAGCUUUAUUUGUAUCUCAGAUUGAAUUUGACUGUUUCUGACGUAAUGUCAUGUUUAACUUGGAAACUUAUAGCUCUUAUUUUAUGUAAGAAAUCAGGUAAACGUGAUGUACAUGUAUGCCUUCAACAAUCCUGUACAGAUGGAUCCAGCCUAAUUUCAGAACACGAGGGGUAAAAAUCUGGUUCUCAAAAUAACAGAGAAAUUUACGCUUUCAAGCAAAGCAUGUUCAGGAACUUCCAACUUGUUUUGAAAAGGUGGACUACAUGAACAAAAUUGUUUUUAUAUUGCAUACUUCACCUUUUGACAGUUUUUAUUUCAAAAUCUGGAAAGGGCUGAGGUUUCAACUGAAUUGACUUUUCUUCAAGGUACAAAUGGGUAAACUUUAAAUUUUUUAUGCAAAACAAAUAGAGGAUAACCUUACAUUAUCCAAGUGUAUACAUGCAUUCAUAGUUUGACAGGGCUUAAUCUUGCACCAAAAUAGUUGAAAGGGCAUGACAAUUAACAAAUAUACAUUUUUUAAUUGUCAGGGUAGAAGGUACGGUAACUGCUUGCUGUUCUAAACGGUUGUGGCAAGUGGUUAAUCUUUAAACGUAAGCUUAAAGUAUUUGUCAAAAUAGAAUACCUGUGACUUUAAUAUGAAAAGGGUUUUGCAUAAAAAUGGGAAAUCAAAAGAAAUUCAAAGGGGAAAAUGAACAAGGUUCUGAAUUUUAAUUCACUCAUAGUUUAUAACACUCAUCAAGCUUGUUUAGCAAUCUACAUGUUCAGUACAUUGAUUACUGGAUUCAUUUAUUUUCAAGAUGUUGCACGUGCAGCAUGUUUUUGGUAUGAAUAAAUACAUAAGUGGCCUUAUACAA